AUGUCUCUCCAAUACUUCCCUCCCGUCAAACCCUCCGCCAUCGCCCUCGGCACCUUCUUCAACCACGGCGUCGACCUCGUCGUCCUCGCCCCCGUCUUCGGCCAGACCUACCAGCGCGCAAAGGCCUCCAACACAAAGGAGGAGUUCAUCCGCUCCCGCGAGGCCAGCGGCGCCGCCGUCGCCUGGGGCACUUCCUUUGUGGGAUCUGCCCUGCAGAGCUACGGCGUGGGCGCGCUGCUCAAUGCCACGGGCACACUGAGCCACAAAGGCGCUGCGUAUCUCGGCGCCUUGAUCUUUGCGGCGACGUCGGCUCCUGGAUUCAUCUCUCAGAUCUUCAGCGAAAAGAGGCCUCUUGACACUGUCGGCGUCAAUGUCGCUGCUAAGCUGCUCGAGACUAUCGGCUUGUCCCUGGUCCUCAACUGGUGGGGAACCAGGACCAACCCCUUUGAGUAA